UCUUUUUUUUCUGUAGAUUUGUUGCCAUCUAAGGAUUGCAAAGAUUUAACACAGUGUUUUCUGCUACAAGUGGUAAAUAUUUUUUUGCAUCACAUUGAAAAAACCUUUGAUGUUAAGAGUAAAAUAUUGGACUUUCAUCAUCCUCAUCAGCCUCUUCAAGGUUUGGAUGGGUUUAAUUUAGAACUGUCUGACCACCCUGAAUCUCCGGAGCAGUUACUUGUUGACUGUACAGAUACCUUAAAAUAUGGUGUUAAAACAGGACAUCCUCUAUUUUUCAGCCAGCUCUCCAGUGGGCUAGAUGUGAUUGGACUUGCAGGGGAAUGGUUGACAGCCACUGCAAACACCAACAUGUUUACAUAUGAAAUAGCUCCAGUAUUUACUAUCAUGGAGAGAAUUCUUCUCAAGAAAAUGCAUGAAAUUAUUGGCUAGGGAGAAAAAGAAGCAGAUGGAAUAUUUGCACCUGGUGGGAGUAUAUCAAACCUCUGGGGUAUAUUGGUAGCAUGUUAUAAGCAGUAUCCAGAGAGAAAAAGAAAAGGCAUGAUGGUGCUUCCAGGCAUCGUGCUAUUUGUUUCUGAACAAGGUCGUUAUUCAGUAAAAGAGGCCAUAGCGAUCCUUGGAAUAGGAGCUGAUAAUGUAAUCAAAGUAAAAUGUGAUGAAAGGGGAAAGACGAUUCCAGCUGAGUUAGAGAAAAAUAUACUACAAGCUAAAAGAAAGGGCCAAACUCCUUUUUGUGUCGCUGCCACGGCCGGCAGCACGGUGCUCGGGGCGCUUGACCCUUUCCACGGCAUCGCGGGUACUUGUGAGGCUCGCACACUCUGGCCGCAUGUGGAUCUGACAGGGGGAGGUGGAUUGUUGAUGUCAAGAAAUCAUUCCUUUAAACUGAGUGGCAUUGAACACGCCAACUCUGUGACCUGGGAUCCACAUAAACUCAUGGGCGUUCCCCUUCAGUGCUCUGCUAUUCUGAUCUGGGAAAAAGGUCUUCCAGAAGCAUGCAACCAGAUGCAAGCUGGGUAUCUUUUCCAGCCCGAUAAACUCUAUGAUGUUGACUUUGACACUGGGGAUAAAACCAUUCAGUGUGGCAGACAUGUUGAUAUCUUUAAACUAUGGUUAAUGUGGAAAGUAAAGGGAAUCUGUGGCUUUGAGGCACAGAUCAACAGUUAUAUGGAACUUGCAAAAUACUUUUAUAAGGUUUUAAAGAAAAAAGAUAACUUUAAGCUUGUGUGUGAUACAGAGCCUGAGUUCACCAAUGUCUGUUUCUGGUACUUCCCACCAAGACUUAAACAUAUUCCAGAAGGUUCUAAAAGAGAUCAAGAACUCCAAAAGAUUGCUCCAUUGAUUGAAGCACAGACGCUAGAGGAAGGCACAACCAUGAUAAGCUACCAGCCAGGUGGGGACAAAGUAAAUUUUUUUCGAAUGAUCUUUUUUAAUCCUGCCACAAGACAAACAGAUGUUGACUACCUUAUUGAUGAAAUUGAAAGACUUAGGAAGGAUUUAUGA